AUGUCUGACACUUCACCCACGAUUCGUUGGGAAACCACAGCGUUCACCAUCGACCUAGUUCUAAAUGAAGCAGGGGCCAUUUGCGUGAGAAGCAUCCUUCCUGCAAGGGCAAAGGCCCAGAAAUCGGCCUCACUCCUUUUUGAGUCAUCUGAAUUGCCCCUAGUCAGCGUCAAGCUAGCAGGAGAGGGCAACACAGCCGGCAAAACCGCAAAAGCCCUGGUCGGCAGCUAUCUUUCCCAGCGAUUGAAAUACGAAAACCACGAGAUACAAAAAGAUGGCCAGGUUGAGACAUUGGAGAUUAACAGCCGAGAUGCAGUUAUAGGAAUUCUAGUGAUUGCCCGCCUUUCUAUCUACGGAGAGAUUCCAGCCCUCAGGUCGUCGGCUACGAUCACAAACGAGUCCAAAGAUACCGAUAUUACCGUCACACAGCUCUCCUCAAUUGCAGUUGGUGGCUUGACGACAAAGUCGCAGGAGUGGUACCACGGCUACACACUCUUGACCGCCACUAAUGGGUGGUUUCGAGAAGCUCAGUGGCGCGAGCAGACAUUGCCGGAAAUUGGUAUCGACAAUGAUGGGAUAUGUGAACUUCCUGACGGACAUUCAGCCUCACAAGCCACUUUUAGCCUCCAAAGUCGUGGGUCAUUCUCCACAAGCAGCCAUUUACCAAUGGGUGCUCUGAGGUCAAUUGAUGACAAGGACACCUGGCUCUGGCAAGUUGAAAAUAAUGGCUCUUGGCGAUGGGAGAUCGGAGACUAUAAAGAUAGCAUCUAUCUCGCAGCUGGCGGGCCGACGGGGAUGGACCACAACUGGAAACAAGUACUAAAACCUGGGCAGAGCUUCUCGACAGUUCCUGUUGCUUUGACACGCGUGGCUGGUGGAGUGGAGGCAGCAUUUGCUGCGCUCACUGAUUAUCGUCGACAGAUCAGAAGACCUCAUGAAGACAAUGAGAAUCUCCCUAUAAUCUUCAACGAUUAUAUGAACUGCCUCAUGGGUGACCCUGACGAGAACAAGGUAGCUGCCCUUCUCGACCCCGUGGCCAAGAUGGGGGCGGAGUACUUUGUGAUCGAUGCUGGAUGGUACGCGGACGAUAGUACAUGGUGGGAUGACGUGGGCCUAUGGGAGCCUUCACAAAAGCGUUUUCCGUCCGGAUUCAAAGUCCUCCUAGACAAAAUCAGGAGCAAAGGGCUUAUCCCUGGCCUGUGGCUGGAGCCGGAGGUUGUUGGCGUGCGAAGUAUAGUGGCCAAUCGUCUCCCCAAGGAAGCCUUUUUCCAAGAGUGUGGCCAGCGCAUUGUCGAAAAUGGAAGAUUCCAGCUCGACUAUCAUCACCCAGAGGUCCGAACAUGGAUGGACACAGUUAUACAUAACCUCGUCGUCAAUUACGGGGCGGGUUACUUCAAGUUCGAUUACAACAUUGAAGUGACGCAAGGCACAGACAUUGGAGGGUCAUCGUCUACUGGGGUUGCGCAUCUCGAACAUCAGCGGGCGUACCUUAGCUGGGUCAGGUCAUUACUUGACAGGUACCCCACGCUUGUUAUUGAGAACUGCUCGAGUGGUGGACAGCGUAUGGAAUAUGCUAUGUUAUCGGUUCACUCGCUCCAAUCGACAAGUGAUCAGCAGGACCCCACUCUGUAUGCAGCUAUUGCUGCAGCCAUGCCGACCGCUGUUGUCCCAGAACAAAGCGCAACCUGGGCUUAUCCCCAGCCGGAAUGGAGCGACGAGCUGAACGCAUUAAGUGUUGUCAAUAGUCUGCUGGGGCGAGUCUAUCUCAGUGGCCGCUUAGACAAGCUCAGCCCCGAUCAGCUCGGACUUGUGGUGGAGGGCAUGGACGUAUAUAAGAGGAUACGUUUUGACUUGAAGUCUGCACAUCCAAUGUGGCCCCUUGGGCUUCCGCGAUGGCAUGAUGACUGGCUGUCUCUUGCUUUGGCCACGAAAGAUAACGGUAUAUAUCUUGCCAUAUGGCGGAGAGGUGGUGCCACAGAAAAGGACUUACCCCUCAGGUUUCCUAACGGCCAGUAUCCAACAACUGCGAAGGUGCUGUACCCAAGUCGCUUUGAGACUGACGCAACGUGGAAUGAGACCUCGGGAAUGCUGAGCUUAAAACUGUCCGACACAACCUGUGCUCGGCUUUUCCAUCUUCUAUGA